UCUAGUCCAUUAACAAUUUCUCGAAAUAAAUUUCGAAGCCGCUUCUCAAGAAACUUUUCGUUUUCGCUUAAAUAAGCAGCGUGAGUACAAUUAUUUGUCAUUAAAGUAUCAGCAACUCAUCCGACAAUAAGAGUACAACGGCAUUAUUAUAAAAGAAUCCAUCUAAGUGGACACAACAACAAUUUGGGUUAAAACGUUAUGCGAGAUAGAACAAAGAUGGUCAGCAAUACUGGAUCUGAUUAUGAUGAAAACGAAGGAGAAUUUGAGGCAGAUGACGGAUCUGAUGACUGGAAGCCAGAAGUUGAGGAAACUAAAAAAGUAGUGAAAAAGACGCCCAAGCGUAAAAUAACAGCCACAAAGACUUCCGCUAAAAAGAAGAAGUUAAAGAAGGAUGAUUCUGAUGAAGAAUCUGAAAAUUCUGAAGAGGAAGAGGAAGAAAAUGAAGAGGACGAAGAGGAUGAAGAAGAGGACGAAUCCAUGGACACCAGCUCCAAGUCCAAUGCAAAGAAAUCAAAGAAAGCACCAUCAGAAGCAGAUGCAAGAAACUUCCCUGAUCGUCAAGGAAUUUUCUCGCUUUAUGCAUACAAAGGCGACUUAAAAAAUGGUUUACGAGCAAACACAAAUAUCUGCUUAUGGCGCCGUGAUGGACAAUCCUUGCUUCAAAAAUAUCUUCGCGACAAAGAAUCAAAGGGCAACUCAAUCUAUUUUAACUCUUCAAUGGUCUAUUCGUGUUGGGAAGAUCGUCGCAAAGAUGAAUUUCUAGAAGUAAAAGUCAAAUGUGUUGCUAACUCUGGAAAAGAUUCCACUCGUGACUCAAAAGUUGAGCUUGUUGACAUCAAUGGCAUCGAACAAGCAUGCAUCGAUGGUAAAUUCCAUGAACUCGAACUUGAGCCCUACGUAAGCUAUGCCGAUAAAAAGAAAGAAGAGGAUGCUAUGAAUGGUACAACCACCUCCCAAACAGUAAUCGAAGAGGAGGAGGAAGAAGAAGUUUCUGAAGGUGAAGAAUAAAUCCAUAAAUAUGCAUCAGUCGUUUAAGAAAAAAUAUUACACUUAACUGUCGCGAAGCUUUGCAUCUAAUUUUCCACAUUUUUUUCUUCAUUAUUUUAUGAUCCUCACUGGACAUAUUCUAAGCUGCUAGAAAAGAAUUUGAUGAAAAUAAUGAAAUGAAAUGUCCAGCGUAAAUUUUAAAACAUUAAUUUUUUUCUUUUGACAUACAUUAAAAAUCUUGGUGAGACACAAACUCACUCCGGAUCUUCUGAUUAAAUUGUUAUAAAAAUCAAUCAUCUCCCCAUGAACAGUUUUUUUUAUUUUAUUCUUAUAUUUGGAAACUUUGAAAUCAUGAAUUUCAGAGCUCAAUGUUAAUUGGUAUCAAUAAAAAUAAUUCCUAGAAAUUUUAAGUUUUUUCAGUAAUUGCUGUUUUAAUUGUUGUUUUUGAAGUGAGAGGAUCGUCGUCGUUCUCAUAUUCACUUUCGCUUGAUGAAGAUGAUGUUGGCCACAUGUCAUCACGAUUUUUAUCAUUACGUUCCC